CUCUCUCUCUCUCUCUCGCUCUCGCUCUCUCUCUCUCUCUCUCUCUCUCUCUCUCUCUCUCUCUCUCUCUCUCGUGAUAUAUUCAAAACAACACAGCAUUUUGUUUCAUAGAAAGCAAAACAAGUGGGUCUUGCUUAGAUAUUUGUUGCGCGAGUUUCCAAACCUUUUUUUUGUCUUGAUUACCAUAAGAAAAUAAAGGGCUUUUGCUCUCUACCUCUUUUUUCUCUCUUGUGAUUCGAAAAACUGGUUUUUGAUCCAGACGGUAGGUGAGAUUUGGUGGGUAUUUCUUUUUGGAUGCUAUUGUUGGCUUGAAAGGUUGAAUACCAUGGCUUGUGCUUUGAAGGUUAAUUUCUCUGUCUCUGGGUCAAAUGAGACCCUUCUCAAUUCCAGAACAAAGGGGAAUAUAGGGUUUUUCCCUCCAACUAGUAUGGCUGAACGCAGAUCAAAAGAUUUCAUGAGUGAACCUCUACAUGUAUUAGAUCAGAGUUUAAGCAAAUGGAAGGUCAAGGCUUCAACAUAUUCCUCUGUUCAUGCACAGACAUCCUUUUGUGUUAGCAGGGCUAUGAGAUGGUGGGAAAAGACUCUUGUACCCAACAUGACAGAGAUUCAUUCAGCACAAGAACUCAUUGAUUCAUUGUUGAAUGCUGGGGACAAAUUGGUCAUAGUUGACUUCUAUUCCCCUGGUUGUGGAGGCUGCAAAGCUUUGCACCCUAAGAUCUGUCAGCUGGCUGAAUCAAACCCAAAUGCAAUUAUUCUCAAGGUUAAUUAUGAAGAACUCAAAACCAUGUGCUAUACUCUUCACAUCCAUGUCCUACCAUUCUUCAGAUUCUAUAGGGGUGCAGAGGGCAAGUUGUGUAGCUUCAGCUGCACCAAUACAACUAUCAAGAAAUUCAAAGAUGCAUUGGCAAAGUAUGGGAGUGAUCGAUGUAGUCUUGGUCCAGCCAAAGGACUUGAUGAAUCUGAGCUAUUGGGUUUAGCCUCAAUUGGCCAGAUCUCAAUAAAUUCAUCAGAUUUGGUGCCAAAAGGCAUAACAGAUGUAUCUGGUAAUUUGGGAAAAGCAAACAGUAAGAUGGUACUUAAGGAAGAGAAAGCAAUGUUGAUGGCCUAAAGGUGUGUUGAUUCUAGCUUGUUUGGAGAUCUGCUGAUGGAGUAGGAAAGCAGCUCCAAAUUUUAGAAUUUUAGAUUUUUCUUUUUACUUUUUAGAUGUAAAUAUUCAACUAUUAUUGGGGUUUCCUAAGCGGGUUUGUCAGGUUUUUUUAGAUAAGCCCCGCAUAUUUGAAUAUUUGAUUAAUGUGGAUAUGGAUUGGAUUGGAUUGGAUUGAAUUAAAUUAGAUAUUGUUAUCUACUUGAGGAGAUUAUUAAGGAUCUGUUUUUUUAACGACAUUUUUUUAUCUUAUUUUUUUUAUGCUUGUUUCUCAUGUUAAUAAAUCAAAAGUUAA